AUGAGUGCCAUGGACCGGACCUCUCUCCUCCCCUUGGUGUUAAACAGCACCUUCAACUCCACCACCCCGCCCCCUGUCAGAGGUACUGGCAACGCCACGGCCAGGCCCUUCAGUGUGUUCGAUGGCUGCGAGAUGAUGGUGGAGGGGGUUCUGUUUGACCUGGCUGUGCAGGUCUUCAACGUCUUCCUUGGGCUUCCCGCCAACAUCAUGGUGCUGGUCAUUCUGGUCCGCAACCGGCGCGAGUCCUCCACCUCCGACAUCUUCCUGUUCAUCCUGGCCAUCAUGGAUGCCUACUUUGGCAUCAUGGUGCCCAUCAACUUCUUCAACCUCUACCUGUGGAAGAGCAAGGAGGGCUGGCAGGCCAUCAAGUUCACCUACGGCGUAAAGGACACCAGCGGCCCACUCUUCCUGUCCUGCAUCUGCGUGGACCGCUUCCUGGCCGUGCUCUUCCCCAUCACCUUCAGCCGGCUCAAGGCCCACAAGUACCGCAUCGGCUGCUCCGUGGUGGUGCUGGGGCUCACCUUCAGCUACGCCACCGCCAAGAAGAUAGGCGGCCUCCCCAACUUCGAGAAGAUCUUCACAGGUGAGAUCCUGGCGGCGUUCGCGCUCAUGGUGCUGUGCAACGUGUCCAUCCUGUGGGCACUGCGCCGGUCCCGAGCGGGCCGGGACGAGAUGCACCCCAUGAAGAAGAAGGCCUUCAAGAUGGUGCUGUCCAUCACCGGCAUCAUCGUCUUCAACUACCUGCCCCCCGUGGCGCUCUUCCCCUUCCAGCACUACUACACCGAGGACGUCUUCCGCUGCUACGUGCAGCCUGUCGGCUUCUCCUUCGUCAACAUCAGCAGCAGCAUGCAGCCCCUGCUCUACCUCUCACGCCUGGAGAGCAUCCCCUGCCUGAGACGCCUCUGCCCCCGAAAGGAGGCCGCCACCCCCACCCCCACGCCCACUGUCACCACCGUCGCCACUGUUUCCACGCCCACUGACCCCCCACCCUCAUAG